AUGUUUGGCUGUUCUAAGAGGAGCGAUAACGGAUCAGAGGCGGGGGUAGUACUGAGCAGUGCAGCAGUCCGGUUGCACAGUUGCACACGGGUAGGCGUGAGGGUGGUUGGCGUGCUGCUGAAGGCAACACCAACGGUGCUGGGGACGGGACGGGAUGGCAUAGCAUGGCGUGGUGUGGUGUGGCGUGGCGUGGCGACACAACAACACAGGAAUGGAAUAGUGCGACUCAGAGUGCUGUUGUAUGAGGAGACGACCGAGGAUAGGUGUGAGUGUGUGCAUGGUGCAGCAGAGGACGGGUGGGUGGUUGCUAGUGCUGGGUUGGGUUGGGUAGUGCGGGCGACAGAGAAAAGCGAAAUGGAAUGUGGGUUGGGUAGUGUAGGUGACAACUCUUCCUUCAUCUAUCUUCUUACUAUUUCGCUCUUAUUCCUCUCCAGUCAUCCUUGCUUGUACAUCUUUUUAGAGCAAUUUUGUACUUCCCCAAUUAAUUAA